AUGCUAAAGCAAUAUGACAUAUUCCAAUCAAGAAAGUUAGGUGACACAACUUCAGUUGGGUUUGUAUGUAGGCCAAGCUUUGUAUCAUUCAUUAGUUUUCUUACUAACGCUCCACACAUUAACUCUACAACGGCAAAUGGUCCUGAAGUAAGAGGGUUUAGGUAAUUUGUAUGUUAUACGUGCUGCGUGGCCAAAAGAUUGUUUUUCUUUAUUUUAUCAUACCAAACGCUAUUUUCAUUCAAUUUCAAAACGAAAAUACGAAAAGAUAUCAAUACAAUUCUAAAUAUAACAACUUACUACAAAGCACAAUAUCUAAAGUACAAAAUGUUAUAAAACAAACUUGUAGAAUCAGCAUAUCCUUAAUUUUUAAUAAUAAGCAUUUUAAGGAUAAGCCAGUUCUAAUAGAAAUGUUAGAAAGUUAAGCUAAUUGGCAUGACGUUAUAAUAUCGGAAAAUAAAAUAUAUUUUUUCACUUCCCUUACUUCAUUUGCAAAAUUUGGUUUGGAGGCUUCAAAGCUUUGCAAAGCGGCCGAAAGUUGACAUUUCAUACGCGGGCGCGGGUCGCAAAUUAUUUUUUCUAAAAAAUCGUUUUUUAAGUGGAAGACGGCCAAUUUUUGGCCAUUUUCGAUAGAAACUAGACCAAAAGCAAUAUAACUUACAAUAUUUAUUCAUAUAUAUUAAUUUUAGGGCUCGGCAGUCAAGGGAAGACUAGAAUAUGUGAUUUUGAAGGUGCUAGGCGAAGGUGGUUUCGGAUUUGUCUUUCUGGUCCACGAUGCUAAUAAGGAAUGUGCGAUGAAAGUGGAAAAGAAAAUUGAAACUCGCCGGCACAGUAAACUAAAAAUGGAGGUUUGUUUUGUUUUUUAUUUGUUUUUGGUUUUUUGAUAACAAUUCGGAUUUUGGAAGGGAAUUUAAGGUUCUUGAGGUAUUAUAUGAGGAGGGUCUUGGUUUCAAAUGAAAAGUUUUGAGGUUUUAUGCAAUGUGACAUGUUUUAAGUGACUUUAUGAGAUAAUUUCAGAUCAGCAUCUUGAAAAUCAUGGCUAACUUGAAUAGGAGCACGGAGAAAAAUCAGUUGCUGAAAAAAAGUACGUAAAGUAUGUUUUUGGGCCAUGGAUAAUAUAAGAAAUGCUUUAAUUUUUGAUAAAAUUUAGUUUUUGAACGUUUGUUUUAACUUUUAAAACUUAUUUUAAGCAUUAAUAUAUUUUAAAAAACGUAAAAAACUUGUAACUGAAUAAUAAUUAUAAUGUUUCCAGCCAAAACGCGAAUACCACUUCACAGACAUUAUAGACCGCGGCUGCGUAGCCAAUUUUUACUUUAUGGUCAUUGAUUUGGUUGGUAAAUGUCUGGCCGACCUGAAGCUGGUCCGCCCCGAAAAGACGAUGAGUUUGGCUACGGGCUUGGGCGUGGGAAUUCAAAGUCCGGAAGACAUCGAAGAUUUACACGAAAUUCAAUUCAUUCACAGAGACAUCAAACCCGCGAACUACGCCUGUGGCAAAGCACCGAACACACAUGUUGUGAGUUUGAUUUUUUUGAAGUUUUGUAUGUUUAGGUAACAAGUUUUGGAUAAAUUGGGGUUGUAUGGAACAGAACGGGAUUGCUUCUUAUUUUCGUUGGUUCAGUUAACAAAAAUUUGUUUUUUAUGUUUAGGUAAUAAAUCGAUUUUUGUUAUUUUCGGUAACAAAGUUUUAUUUUUUGGAGGUUUAGAUACACUGUUUGGAAUUUUUGAUAAUUUUGUUAACAAUGCAUGAUAAUAUCAAAUAUUAUUUUGAAAAUUUUAGUUAGCAAAAUUGUAUACUUUAGCUUUUUUUAAGUAAUAACUUUAUAUUUUUUGAUAUUAAUGUUUUAUUUAAAACGUAAUUUUUACACUUUGCAGAUUUAUAGACUAGAUUUUGGAAUCGCGCGUAAGGUAAUGAACAAGGACAACUGCUUGAAGACGCCGCGAGAACGGGUCGGGUUUAAGGGGACCGUGAGGUUCGCCUCCUUGGCGUGCCACAGGAAUCAAGAACUGGGCCGAAAGGACGAUGUAGAGUGUUGGCUGUACAUGAUGAUGGAUAUAUUGAUUCGUCAAGGUAAGGUUUUACUUUUUUUGUUUUUUAGUAAGUUUUAGCAGGUUUUUCUUCAGUUUUAGGGAAAAUUAAAAAAAUUUUGGUUUUUUAAUCAAUUUUUGAAAAUUAUUUUAUUAUAGGUCUGCCAUGGCGCUAAGAAAGCGAGAAGGACGUAGUUGGCGAGAUGAAGACCAAAGCCCGCGAUGAAAAGUCCUCAGUUCACAAGGAAUUCUACGGCGAUCUGAUAGGCAAGGACAAAUUCCACGCGAUAUUGAAGUACCUGGAAGGCCUACAGUAUGUGGACACACCCGACUACAAAUACAUCUACAACUUAUUACGAGAAAUUGGCAAGGAAGCGAACGCUGACCCAGAUGCUCUGUUUGAUUGGGAAGAAGCGAAGAAGAAGGAUUGA